AUGGUUCACCGUCCUGCCGACUCUCGACUACUUGGGAACUUGCUUUCCCAAGAGAAGGAGUACGCGAAACAUCUCGCGACACUACUUGACCACUCGAAUGCCUCCCUCGCUUCCGUCACCGCAUAUGGCUCUGCCUCUUCGCCAGCUUCCGCGCAUCUUAUACUCGCCGUUGCGGGGUCUCUAGCGGCAGCUGAUGAUGCACUUCGACACUAUGCCGCCGCUGUCGACCGUUGGCGGGACUAUUUGAAGGGUCUAAAGGCAUUGGAAGACGAAGUUGGGAACAUCAUGCGGGACAGGGAGAUUUUAGUAACGCGUUUAAUCAAGGCGUCUAAACCUGCGCUCCAUACGUCCCAGUCCUCUGGCUCGCUUCCCUUGACCUCCUCGCCGAAUCAGUCGCAAGCCUCGCUCCCUUUUUCGGCAAACACGCCUACCAAUGCGAAGUUGGUCGCCGCCCAAACCGAGCUUCAAGCAUGCGAAGCCCAUCUUGCGGCAAAAGAAGCCGAGCUUGAUAUUCGGCGGGCAGCUCUUGUUCGUGAUGGGCUAGCUGGCCGGUGUCGAGCGCUAGCAGAAUGUGGUACCCGUUGGAAGGAGGCUGGUCAUGCUGGAGCUCUGUCUGCCCAGGGUGGCUCCAGCUUGCCUGCUCCAUCGACUCCAAACUCCAAUAAACCUUUGCCAGGCGUUUCUGGCUCCGAUGUUUCCCUAGCUCCCUCCCAAUCGGCCUCACAAAUCAACCUAUACAUCGACACAUCUGCCCCACUGCCCCCACCCCCUUCGAGUCUGGAUCAUCAGCACCAGAUGAUGUUGCCCCCAGUUGACCUCGUCCCUGUCAUUUCUUCUCCCUCAUCGAAAUUCGCUCCGCAUGUACUGGCGCGGCGGAUAACUGAGGAAAAUCUUAAUCAGGACGAUGGAGAAGGGAGUAGUGUUGCCGAAGAAGAAGAAGAGCAAGCACUUGAAGUUGUCGAAAACCCUCGAUUUGCUUCAACGACCAAGUUGCCAAAUGCAUCCAGUAGCAAAGCCGGAGGGCUUCUCAAACGCAACACGACAUCUAAACCUACUGGGGCACUACAUCGCAAUUCAACUUAUGGAAGCAGUACAAUCAGUGUCCCUGUCAAAACCAACUCUGGUUUUUUCGGCAGCAUUCGCGGGCUGUUUACGCGUCGUAGCCCUAAUGGUGGUGGGAGUGAUGUUGGACCGGCUUCCCGACUAAAGCGGGCCAAACGAGAUGUUGCGGAGUCCGACGACGAGCCCGAUAUUCGGAGCGAGCCACCAACACCGGUUGCAGGUCCACGCAAACGUGUUGUCAGCGACAUUGGGUCUCAGCGCAGGAGAAGAGGCCUCACGGAUGACGACCACGUUGGAAUUCGGAGAGCAGAAGAAUGGGUGGGCGGACAAGGAGCGCUGGUAUUACCGAGACGGGCAGAAGCCGACCCUGGGGAGGAUGACAAGGGUUGGGCCAGUGAUGGUGGUGGGACGGUCAAGCGUCGCAAGAGCAAAAUCAAUGGCUCGGGAACUGUUAGGAGUGUUGAAAGUGCUGCAACUUCGAUGUCGGAUACGAGCACUGAGAUGCAAAUCGUCAUUUCGCCAAAACAGAAGCGUCGCUCGUCGUUGGGCGUUUCUGGGGCAUCUACCGCUGAUGCCUUGGUACCUCCCACAACUGCUUCGGCAACAACACGGGCUGAGAAACGUUCGAGUUUGCCGGUCCAUCCCGCGCCACGGUCGGUUAGCGAUGCACCGAGUUUGAUGAGCAUUGUUGAAGGUGUUUCACGAGCAAAUCGGACGGGCUGGGCUGCAUAUAAUGGGGUCGGUUUGGGGAGUUCAACGACUCCAACGACAACGGCCAGUGGAUUGGUAGAAGCCAAGGCCCCGCGUCUUAACGUUUCUGUUUCUUCCACUGAAUCAAGGGGUCGGACGACUAGUUCUGCAACCAUUAUACCUAUUGACGGCCUCCCUCGCGCUCCAGCAUCGAUUUUCUCGACUCCUGCGGUACCCAGCACUUUUGCGGGACCAGAAAUGGUUGCUGGCCCUUCGUCAUCGCGCAGCUCGUCAAUGAAAUUACCCGCCAAGUCGCCAUUGAGGAGUGCUUUGAGAAACUCGGCAACACCAUCACCCCCAGCAUCACAAGUACAGCCUGUCGCCAUUGUUGCUCCAGUUGCCAUUCGGCCUACUCCAGUCCCGAUACAUAUGUUGGUUCCAUCGCCUCCGCCUAUCAUUGUCAAUGGCAAAGGAAAGGAGAAGGAGGUGGAAGAGGAAGAUUUUGACGAUGGAGCAUCGAUUUCUUCGUAUGCGACUGGUAUCGAGACCUUUGAAAGCGAUGACAAAGCCACUGAUGGCGAGGAGACUGAGACUGAACGCGAGCAUUCUCCGCCGCCCCCGCCGCCACAUGAUUAUAGCAACCACAAGGUUACGAACGGGGUCAUUCACGAUAGCCCGAUCGACCAUACGCUCAUUGAGGAUUUCGGGCGGGGGGCUUCGUCGGACUUGUCGGCGAGCACGGUUUCGGCCGAACAUCCAAUCGCACAAGCGCCACAACGCAGGAAAAGCGUGCGAGUUUCGCUGCAGCCAACGUUUUCGACGACACCGCCGGCUUCGCCAGACGAUGAGGACGAGGCAAAUGGAGAGGACCAUGCCCCGUGGAAUGGGCGUUCCCAGCCGCGGAGCUCGACUCCAGACAUGUGGGAAGACUCGAGCGAGCAGAUUGUCGCUUGA